AUGGCAUCAGAGGUCCACAUGACAGGCCCAAUGUGCCUCAUUGAGAACACUAAUGGGCGACUGAUGGCGAAUCCAGAAGCUCUGAAGAUCCUGUCUGCCAUUACACAGCCUGUGGUGCCUGUGGUUGUGGUGGCGAUUGUGGGCCUCUACCGCACAGGCAAAUCCUACCUGAUGAACAAGCUGGCUGGGAAGAAAAAGGGCUUCUCUCUGGGCUCCACAGUGCAGUCUCACACUAAAGGAAUCUGGAUGUGGUGUGUGCCCCAUCCCAAGAAGCCAGGCCACAUCCUAGUUCUGCUGGACACUGAGGGUCUGGGAGAUGUAGAGAAGGGUAACAACCAGAAUGACUCCUGGAUCUUCGCCCUGGCCGUCCUCCUGAGCAGCACCUUCGUGUACAACAGCAUGGGAAUCAUCAACCAGCAGGCCAUGGACCAACUGCACUAUAUGACAGAGCUGACACAGCGAAUCCGAUCAAAAUCCUCACCUAAUGAGAAUGAGAAUAAGGAUUCAGCUAACUUUGUGAGCUUCUUCCCAGACUUCGUGUGGACACUGAGAGAUUUCUCCCUGGACUUACUAACAGAUGGACAACCCAUCACAGGAGAUAAGUACCUGACAUACUCCCUGAGGCUGAAGCAAGGUAACAGACAGCUUCAACUGAUAUAUGAGGAUGAGAAAACAAAAGAAAUUACCAGUUUUCAGUUUACUAUUGCUAGUUUUCCCAAAUUUGCAGUUUUCUAUGUCUUCAACUGGCUAUUCCUAUAA